CCUAAGCAUUAUAUAGAGCAAGCGUGAACGUGUAUUCUUUUGUUAUAAUAUUGAAAUAUCAAAUUUGAUCAAUUCAUAUCCCCAUCCUCUCCCAUUGGUUUUCUAUCUUCUCCAUCUUUUUAUCUUUAUCUCAAGAAUUCAUCCCCUUUUUUUCCCAUGGAUCUUGAAACUUGUUGGUGGUUGAAGUCUUUUCAUGCCUAUUCUAUCCUUAUCUUCAUCAUAUUUUCACUCUUCUCUCUUUUUUUCUAUAUAGUGAAGCUAAAACUUUGGUGCAAUUGUGAAAUUUGCCAUGCUUAUGUCACAACAAGUUGGUCCUCACAAUUCACCAAUUUGUGUGAUUGGUACACUCACCUUCUUCAAAAUUCACCUACAAGAACCAUUCAUAUCCAUGUUCUUGGUAAUACUAUCACCGCGAAUCCUGAAAACGUUGAGUAUAUGCUUAAAACAAGAUUUGAUAAUUACCCAAAAGGGAAAACUUUCUCUACUAUCUUAGGUGAUUUUCUUGGUCGUGGUAUAUUCAACGUUGAUGGCGAUUUAUGGCGAUUUCAAAGGAGAAUGUCAAGUCUUGAACUUGGAAAAGUAUCGAUACGAUCGUAUGCAUUUGAAGUGGUACAUACUGAGAUUCAAAAGAGGCUUCUUCCACUUUUAGCUAAUAAAGAAGGUGCGGUUUUGGAUUUUCAAGAUGUUUUUAGGAGAUUUUCAUUUGAUAAUAUUUGUAGAUUUUCCUUUGGGUUGGACCCUAAAUGUUUAGAAUCUUCACUACCCAUCUCAGAAUUUGCUAUUUCCUUUGACCUAGCAUCAAAAUUAUCAGCUGAAAGAGCCAUGACUACAUCCCCUAUUGCUUGGAAAAUCAAAAGAUUUUUAAACAUAGGGAGUGAAAGGAAGUUGAAGAAAGCAAUCAAAUUGAUCAAUAUAUUAGCACAAGAAGUCAUAAGACAAAAGAGAAAAUUAGGUUUUUCAAAUCAUAGGGAUCUUCUUUCAAGAUUCAUGGGAACAAUAAGUGAUGAAACUUAUUUAAGAGAUAUUGUCAUAAGUUUUCUCUUAGCUGGUAGAGAUACUAUUGCUUCUGCCUUAACAAGUUUCUUUUAUGUAAUUGCAAAUAAUCCAAAAGUGGCUAAAUCCAUUAGAGAUGAAGUUGAUAGAGUUCUUGGUCCAAAUAAAGAUCUCACAUGUUGUGAACAAAUGAAUGAGCUUCAUUAUCUACAAGCUUCUAUUUAUGAAAGUAUGAGACUUUAUCCUCCUAUCCAAUUUGAUUCAAAGUUUUGUUUAGAAGAUGAUAUUUUACCUGAUGGGACUUUUGUCAAGAAAGGAACAAGGGUUACGUAUCAUCCUUAUGCAAUGGGAAGAAUGGAAGAAUUAUGGGGUUGUGAUUCUUUGGAGUUUAAGCCUGAAAGAUGGUUGAAAGAUGGAAUUUUUUUUCAAGAAAAUCCAUUCAAGUAUCCAGUUUUUCAAGCUGGACUUAGGGUCUGUUUGGGGAAAGAAAUGGCACUUGUUGAGAUUAAAAGUGUGGCUCUUUCGUUGCUAAGGCGAUUUAAUGUCGAAUUAGCCCAACCAUAUCACAUGCCACGCUUCUCUCCUGGACUUACCGCGUCUUUCAGGGGUGGCUUAAUGGUUUCAGUGCGUGAAAUAAGUCCAUAGUCAUCAAAGAUGAAUUCAGAAUGGUUGUGAUCGUUUAUAUAUAUACACAUCUUCAAGCAACCCUAAUCUUGGAAGGCCAACGUUUAGCAGUUUUUUGUGGUAUGUUGAACCAUUCAUGGAGGGGACUCAUGAGAUCGAAACUUCAAGUGGAAAUAUUUUGACCCUCUCUUUUGGCCAAGCUUUUUUUAUGUAUGGCAAUAUCCGAUUAUUUGCCUUAAAUGUGGUUCUCUGUUUAAUCUAUUAUUUUUUGCAUGAUUGUACAAACGUUCUACUCACUUGUUUACACAAGUUGUGCAAUUUAUGUCGCUGAUUGAAGAUUUUGUAUAUAUAUGUACGUUGUAAUUUGUAAAAGCUGUAUAAUAUACGAGUAUGUAUCUUCUUGAACUGUUCUUCAUUUUUCAGCAAUGAA